AUGUUCGUUCUGAGCCAGAUUGAGCACAACCUGCCAAUGCCUCCACACUUGCUGAAUCGCCCUCUUGUCGACGCCAUCAAGGCCGAGCUCGAGAGGCUCUUCCUGGAUAAGGUGGUUGCAAAUCUCGGGCUCUGCGUAUCCGUCUAUGACAUCCUUUCCGUUGAAGGCGGAUUCAUCUUUCCAGGAGAGAGCUGCUCGACGUAUAAAGUUUUCUUUAGGUUAUUGAUGUUCAGGCCCUUUCUUGGGGUGGUUAUUGUUGGGAAAAUCAGUGGAUAUGAUGAGGAGGGUUUACAAGAAUUCAUAGUCGCUCCAGCAUGUCUCGUCCAAGAUGGUGUCGGGGCUUCUGUUGGGGUUCAUGUGCACUGUGCCGUACGAAGAAGUGUAAACAAGGCGGCGGAUGCCCAUGUCCGCCGCCGCGUUCACCACGUUUCUGGUUCCCUCCACGGCGACUGCAAGUGA